UCUUUUAAAGAUUUAUUUGUAUGUGUGAGACAUUUCUUUCUUAAAGACCACAGAAAUACUUUCUUUCCGGUUUGAAGCAGUCCGAUUGUAAAUUGUUGUGGUCUGUUGAGGUUUUCAGACACCCUUCAGUCUCUGCAUAGGUGGAUUAUUUUCAUAAUUCUUCCUGACUCAGGGAUGCAGCUGAGCUUGUCCCUGAGCUUCUUUUUGUUUUUUUCCAAACACUGCCUGCUCCAGGGUUCUUUACCAGUGUAUCAAAUCAAAUGCCAUGGAUGGCGUGUUGGAAGGAGCGUUGGUGUUAUCUGCCUGUAAGCUGGCCUGCAGUCUCUUCUUCCUGCCCUCUCUGGCUGCAACCCACAGUCCUGUCAGCUUUUGUUGCAGUUCCCUCUUGAUCUUCACAGACUUCCUGAUCACAGGUUUCCUGGGUUUCCUUUGGGCCUUGAAGUUCUGGCUGACCGAGCUGAACCCACCUGGUGACGUCAUCGCCUUGCGGUUCCUGCUUUUCCUCAGCCACACCUAUGGAGCGGUGCUGCUUCUAACCACGUUUCUGAUCUCUAUGGAGACCCUGAUCAGAGUGCUGUGGCCUGAUGUUGCAGCAGUUCCCAGUACUGUGGACGAUGAUGGGGAGGAGGAAGAGGACAGCAGCCAGCUGGAUAAAGGAGAGAGCCUUCCACAGGUGGUCGGAUUCUUCUGCUGCCUGUCUGUGUGGAUCGCCGUAGCCUUCAGUGUCAGGUGGCAUUGGGCACUGGAGGAAGGAUGGACUGCUGCUUGUUUGGACACAGAUCACUCUCUUGUCAGAUGUCUGCCUAACCUCUUCAGUCCCAUGCACAGUGUGAUAAAUCCCCACUGGAGCUCCGCCUUCCUCAUCCUGCUUGGGCUCAUGCUGACCAUCAGCACAGGCCUGCAGAGAAGUAAACGGACUUCUGCAGAACCAAACAGAACCCAGGCGUAUUGGGACAGCUGGUGGCAGGCCUUGAACAAAGCCAUGCCUGCAUCUUUCAAGCCUGUGCAUCCAGAGGGGUUGAUGACAAAGUGUGCUGACAGAGACUUUGUCCUCACUUCCCAUGAAUGUUUGUCUGAAAAGGGGGAGAGACAGGACACCAAGAGGACACAGAAGCAAAUCCCCCUGCCUUUCAUCAUGGAGCAACAUUUAGAUUCCAAUGAAACAAGCCUCAGCCGGUGGCAACUAUGGGUUUUUUCAAACCUGGAGGAGAAAACACUGAUGGGGUUUUUUAGUGUGCUUUUCUUUUUAACACUGCCCUUCUACCUUAGCAUAAAUAUUCUUCUGAUCAGGACUAUAGACACUCUGCUGCAGGGGUGCAUCAAGUCCUUACUUUCUGUUCUUGCCAAAAGCAGAAACACAUCAGCCUCUCGCCAAGUUACAGAGGUUUAAAAAAAAAAAAAAAGACUGAUGUUUGUUUCCACGGGACCAUGGAGAAUGGUAGUAAGCAGUUGGUUGUUUUACCUGUUAACACAGCUUUGACAGGACGGUAAACACACGCUCCCUGGCAGCUAUUCCUAUGUUGGUAAUAAUAUUUGAAAAGUGCAGAGAGGUGCUGAGGAGGCAGGUCGGGGCGUGCUUGCAGAGAGACUACACCUGGCACUUUUUAAACUGCUUCAGAGCAUCAGUUUCCUCUGAUGUUUAUGGUUACAGAAAACUGCAGCUUGGAUGAGAAUGAUCCAAGAGUAAUCAAUGUCUUUAAAGGUUUAACAUAAAGUCUGCUGAUCCAACCUGAAAUAAAAAUCUAUUUAAUAAACACCAAGUGACUUCAAGGCAAA